AUGCCUCUCUAUCAGAAAGUUAAAAUAAAUGUUGACGUGGUAGGCGGGAACACGAACGAGGCCGAGGGUCAACAUGGCGGCGGCGGCUGGUCGUACGUGGACUCGUCGCGCUGCAUGCGUGGAUUCACCCGUGUGCAGACCGCACCGCGCACCGGCCCCGGCGAGGUGCUCGUGCUGCCCGCCAUACAUGAUUGCGGCUGUGCGUACCGCUGUGUGGCGCUGAACGAAUAUAGAAGCGAGGUGACUUGCUACUGCCCUGCUACUUGGAUGUCGGACGUGGACGAUCCCACUAAAUGCAUAAUGGAAAAGCAGUCUUAUUCUUGGGUGCUGCUGUGCUUCGGCGCAGCUGUUAUUUGCUGCUGCAUAUUGUUCGUGGUGUGCAUCGCUCUACAUUUUUAUAACAAAUAUCAGCGAAAGAAGGAAGAAGAACUCAACCAGAAGCGUCUUCUCGAGCAAGAAGUUCAACUGCACCGUCUAAGGAAUCCUUCGGGCAGGAACGAGAAUCCUUUGUCUAUGGCUUUCAACCCGUACUACGGCAGCGAAAACUUCCUUCCUCAGGGUAUUGAUGUUAGGGAUUUACCGAAAGUUUCUCGGGAGAGCUUGAAGCUUGUUAAGGCAUUAGGGCAGGGAGCGUUCGGCGAAGUGUACCAGGGGCUGUACCGGCACCGCAGCGGCGACUCGGUGGAGAUGCCGGUCGCCGUCAAGACGCUGCCGGAGCUCUCCACCGGCCAGUCGGAGAACGACUUCUUGAUGGAGGCUGCAAUCAUGGCCAAGUUCAACCAUCCGAAUAUCGUGCACCUUAUAGGCGUUUGCUUCGAUAUGCAUCCGCGAUUCAUUGUCCUGGAACUGCUCGCCGGUGGCGACCUGAAGAAUUUCCUGCGGGAGAGCCGGCCGAAGGCCGAGCGCGUGAGUGCGAUCACCAUGAAGGACCUGCUGCUCUGCUCGCUGGACGUCUGCAAGGGUUCCAGAUAUUUGGAAGUGCAGCGGUUCAUUCAUAGGGAUAUAGCAGCUCGCAAUUGCCUGCUAACUUCGCGCGGGCCGGGGCGGGUCGUGAAGAUAGCGGACUUCGGCAUGGCGCGUGACGUGUACCGCGCAGAGUACUACAAAAAGGGCGGGAAAGCAAUGUUGCCCAUAAAAUGGAUGCCGCCCGAAGCUUACAUAGAUGGAGUAUUCUCCAUCAAGACCGACGUUUGGUCGUUCGGGGUACUGCUGUGGGAGGUGUUCUCGUUGGGCUUGAUGCCGUACACCGGUUUAAGUAACCGCGAGGUCAUGGAAUCGGUGUCCACAGGCGGCAGGCUCGACAAACCCUAUGGCUGUCCGCUAGAAAUCUACCUUCUAAUGUGCGAAUGUUGGAACCCGACGCCAUCCGAGCGACCAUCUUUCGCACAAAUAUUUGACAGACUGCAGCGUUUCUUACAGGAUCCCGCAAUAACGGGCGCUCCACUACCAGUAUUGCGCUCGUUAAUUGGCGCGGUUACUGGCGCACGAUCAAAGAACGAAGAGGAAGAACAGCGCGUGGCGGACGGCGACUACCUGGUGCCCAAGUCGCCGCAGGACGCGCCGCCCGACGCCAGCUCAACGGAACCACAGGAGCCUCAUAGCACAUCGCCAACGGCAGCUCAGGAAACAUCAGAAACGGAGGAUUCACAAUAUCUACCUCUACUGAAAGCAUCACAAGAAUAUGGCAACAUUCCAAUCUCGCGGAGCGACGCAAGGCGCGGCGACACCUGCGCUGCUGGCGGCGCCGCGACGCGGACAAGUGCAAAGUUUCUGUCGUCUAACUCCACUGACAGAUUGCUGAGUUCAGUCGAGGGUAUCUCGGUAGACGACGACACCGCAUCGGAGACGGACGAGAAGCCGGUUAUAUGUGAGACUUCCUUCACCGAGCCGAGGUCCAAGAGCAAUUCUGUAGACCUCAAACAGAAAUCCGCCACCGGGCCAGCCGUGGAUAAACUCAUAAGCAUAACACCGACGUCUCCUAAACCACCAGAAAACGCAUUAUCAAUAGCAAUAGAAGCUAAUGUUGUUGAUGUCGACAAAAAUCACAAGAACUCAUUAGUUGUAGAUCGGAAAACCGCACCGUUCGCUUCACCCGAACCGCCGCGAGGCAAUUCCUAUGUAAACAAAGAACCACCGAAAAUUGUGCCAAAGCCAAAGCCGUUAUGCCUUGACGCCGCACAACUAGAACAAAACCUGAACGCGUUAAAGAAAAACAGCGGUUCGGUCAACUUAACAACCAUGAAUAUCUUACCGCCGUACAUAAACGUCGUCACACCAAAUAAACUUUCACAAUCGAAAACAAUACAAAUAGAUCCCAAAAAAGCAAUAAUACACGACCUGCCGAAGGACACGGAACAGAAGGAGGACAAAGGAAAACUAAAACAGUCUAGUUCGGCAGCUAGUUUGCUGAACGGUCCUUUGACUGACGUACCGUAUGCGGACAGCGAUAAUGCGUCCUCGGGUUCAAAUGACAAUGAAUGUGGUUCCAAAAAGAAAAACAAGAAAAUCUACGGCGAGGUUUUUAUCGGUAAUGGAAAGAAAUUCACGAAACAGGGUAGCAACGGCGGCGAAUUUACCGGUGAUACGGAAAUAACUUGUUAA